AUGUAUUCUCGGCUACGGACAGGUGACAUCACGAAAUCAACGAUUAUUGUUGUUGGCGGUGGAUUGCUUGGGUAUGCUGCCACUGAGUUACUGUGGGGCUCGGAACCUUUCUACGAAAAAGCGGUAAUGCCACUUGUUCACAAAUACGUUGAUGGAGAAACAGCCCACAAUCUAGCCGUUCGUGCAGCUUCCUGGGGCCUGAUUCCGCGCUUUGGCCCUAAUCGACGAGAAUAUGACGAGCUAGCAUGUGAGGUGUCGGGUUUCGGUCUUGUCGAAGUGGGUUCAGUAACACCCAUACCUCAAGAAGGGAAUGCAAAACCACGAAUGUUCCGAUUGCUUGAAGACGAGGGAAUCAUAAACCGAUACGGUUUCAAUAGCGAUGGUGCUAAUAAGGUCUCGAAGCGUGUCAAAGCAGCAAGAGCUCGACGAAGUAUCAACGCGGCUCCAGUAGGAGUGAAUCUUGGAAAAAAUAAGUUCGCUGAAGAUCCAAAGGUCGAUUACGAGGUUGGUGUCAAUCACUUCGCCCCUAUUUCUGAUUACCUUGUCGUGAAUGUCUCUUCACCGAACACACCUGGUCUUCGAUCUAUGCAAAAGCGAGCUGAUUUACAAAGUUUGCUUGCGCAUGUAAAGUACAUUGUCGACGCGAAUCGUUUGGAAAAAAGGCCAAAGGUUCUUCUGAAAAUAGCUCCUGAUCUCGAACUAUCUGAGAAAAAGGAUAUUGCACAGGUAGUGUUGGAUAGGAAGUACGGUGUUGAUGGUUUGAUUGUCUCUAAUACAACAAUUUCUCGUCCCGAAACUCUAAAAAGCGAGUUCAAACAUGAAGCCGGAGGUCUGAGCGGUGCACCCAUUCGCAAGUUGAGUACAGACUGCAUAAAGGAGAUGUACAGCCUUACUCAAGGACGUAUUCCUAUAGUAGGAUGCGGUGGUGUGUCAAGCGGUGAAGAUGCAUACGAGAAGAUUCGAGCAGGAGCUUCUGUGGUGCAGCUCUAUUCUGCACUCGCUUUUCAAGGUUUCCCAGUUAUUGGGAAGGUGAGGAAAGGCGUCUUACAAGAAUAA